UACGUCACUUGGUUCAAUGCCUCUUGUAUGUGAGGCCGUUCUAACAAGGCUACAACUUGCAGUACAGGGAGAGCACACAGCUGUAAAUAUGACAGGCGCGGAGGGAGUGUCCGACAAAGCCAAUAACCAUGAUAUCCUAGGUCCACCUUUUAAAAAUACCUGAUCCUCAAUCUUAACCAUCCUUCCUCCGCUUAAAAAAUGGUAACCCUCCAAAAAAAAAACCUUUCUAGACCAUGGAACUUGGGAUUUUACAAAUUUAGUUUGAAGAAAAUCGGUUGGAAUGUAUUGGCGUGCAUUUUACGUCUGGCGCUUUGUACUUUCAAUUGUUUUCUGGCGUUGUCGUCGUUUUCUGUUAUUUAGCAGACGGUAGCCUGCGUUGUCGAUUCGGUUUGAGUUGAUGUUCAAAAUGCCUUUACACCGAAGAAAAUAUAUUUUGACAAGUCUGUUACGCCUGAAAGUUUCGAGUGUUUUCAUUGUGGAUUACGUAAAUCUGCUAAGAGGAAAUGUAGACACAAUGAUGUGACAUUUUUAUCACAGGAGAUGAUCAGUGAAAUGCGCUCAAACGGCUCCCAGAACCAUACGGAAGCUAUGUAGAGCUCGUCUUGUACCAAACACACUUCUCCCGAUCUUCCAGAUAAGAACGGCCCAUCUUCCCUGAUGACAACCCUACGACGUCUUUUCAUCUUAUGUGCUGGGAUGAUCGCCCUGUGUUCAACGACAUUACGAGGAGAUAACUGCGAUAGCCAGGCUGUGGGCGUAGGGACAGGAGCCCUCCCAGACAGUAGCAUGACUGCCUCGUCAGAACGCGAUAACACAACCAUGGCCAGUAAUGCCAGGCUGAAUGGCCCCCGCUCAUGGUGUCAGGCCAGGAAGGAUAAUAGAGCGUUUCUGGAAAUAGACGUUGGCACUGCAAGUGUUGUUUGUGGUGUGGCCACCCAGGGUAAUCCGCUAUCUGACAGCUGGGUUGAGAGCUUCACUAUCGAAUUUUCAAUUGAUAGAGAAAACUGGACAAGUUAUGGGCAAAAUGAAAGUGUCGUGGAGUUCCAGGCGAAUUUUAACAGGGACACUCCUGUGAAAGGGCUAACAAAAGAAGUUAUUGUGGCGCGAUAUUUGCGUUUCUUUCCAAUGCGCAUCCAUCAAGAGGGCUGUCUGAGAGUGGAGAUAUACGCUACAUCAGGUUGCUUCAAUGCUUCAAUCAAUGUAUCCGACUCGUCUAUGAUUCCGGAUCACCGCUUCUCGGCAACAUCGCAGUACAAUGGCAAUUACCCACCCUCUAGAGGCAGACUACAUUCUAUUUAUUCCUGGGAGCCAAGAGCUAAGAGCAGCACUGAGUAUCUUCAGGUUGACCUUGGUGCAGUGAUUGUAAUGUGUGCUGUUGCCACACAAGGGAAUGAACACUGGCCAGAAUGGAGCCUUGCCUACUCAUUUAAUUACUCAAAAGACAAUGUCAAUUGGCAUAUCUAUCAAGACAAUGGUACACAGACCUUACAAGGGAAUCAAGAUCAAAAUACCGUUCAUAAGAAUGUUUUACGAAACACACUGCAAGCGAAGUAUGUUAGAUUUUAUGUACUACAAUACAAAGGAUGGCCAACGUUGCGAGUGGAAAUUUACGGUACCAAGCAAGAUUGCACGGCCAGUCUUGGGGUGGAAACAGGGGGUAGACUUUCUUUGAAUCGAAUGACUGCCAGUGGAGGGCUGGCAUACCUUGGUCGUCUUUAUCUUAAUAACAAUGCGUGGUGCAGUAGUGACCAGAACAAGCAACAAUACCUCCAGGUCGAUUUUGGCUCCGUCAUAAGGCUGACAGGCCUUGCCACCCAAGGUCACCCUGCAAUGGACAAAUGGGUCAGCAGCUUUGCUGUAGCGUACCGUAUCUCAUCGAUGGUCCAAUGGCAGGCCUACAAUACCGGUGAUACCCAGCCUUUUGUGAUUUUCAAGGCAAAUACAAACAGGAAUGAAGUCAUUUCCACAUGGUUGCCUCAUCCAAUCAACGCCCGUUUUGUGCGUCUCGUGCCGCAGUCGUGGCUCGGUGAAAUAUGUGCAAGAGUCGAUUUCUUUGGCUGCAACAAUGUUUUACGACCAACCGUUAAUCUUCUUCCUCUCAAAGCACUGCUUGCUACGGAACAAGAAAGUCACGCAAUUUUCACGUGUAACGUAACAAGCCAGCCUGAUGUCACGCUUCUCUGGAGAAACGCGUCACACCGCGAUAUCACUGGCGCGGAAACCAUAGCAACAAACACAAAUAGCGUGAAUGGGUGGACUAAGUCACUACUGAGAGUGAACUUCGAGGGUGUCUCGCGCACGCUUACCACGUUUGCAUGCACACGCGUGUCCUCGCGUGACCGUGACGUGACUUGCGUGACGAGAGUAUAUUGCGCGUCGUUCUAUUCGCCGUUGCCAGGAGAAAGCUUAGUAGUCAAGUCGUCCCAAUUGGAGGUUACACUGGCUGUGCCAGACGCCCCACGCAUAAAGAUGUCACAACUCACCUCAAGGUCAGCCUCGCUCUCAUGGGUGUAUCCCGUCCCAGGCUCAAACGAAAGCCCUUUGCUCUCCGUCACCGUUCAGCACAGCCUCGGCAACGCGACGUUUCCGCCAAAUGUGACGUCCUCAGAUCUAGAAGGCCUGGCUCCGUACACAAAUUACCGAGUUCGAGUGUGUGCUGUGAGUGAAGUCGGCAGAGGACUGGAAGGAGUGAUUGAGUUUGUCACACUUAGCUCGUUACCCGAGAAGCCUCCACUUAACGUCACCGUGCUCGCCGCGUCAUCUACUAGUGUCCAGGCCUUUUGGCAGCGUCCUGACAGAAUAAACGGACCAAUCCUGAAGUACAUAGUAACAUACCGAAUCCCAGGGGUGGGCCAUGCUCCAAUUGUCGUCGAAAGCAAUCAAACGUCCGCGACUCUGCUUCAUUUGGAAAAAUGGACGAAAUACGAAAUUACCGUUAUGGUGGAGAAUGAUAUAGGCAAAAGUCCACCAAGUCCCAUUGUUAUAUCACGGACGCUUGAAGACGUUCCCAGUGCUCCUCCAUCCAGUUUCUCCGUCAAAGUAACAAGCUCAACCUCUAUACUUGUAACGUGGGACCUACCACCACAGGGGACCCAUCAUGGGCUUAUCCGGGGCUUCAUUAUCCGUUACGGCCUUAAUAACGUAUAUCGGGAGGCGUUGCCGAUAACUUCCUCCGGAAAUGAGACUCGCAGAGCACAGAUCUCUGGACUGCGUGUCUUUACGCCCUACUGGGUGUGGAUCGCUGCUGUCACGGUAGACAUAGGGGCUGUCAGUGACCCUGUUACAAUAGUAACUGCCCAGGAAGCACCCACAGAACCACAAGACCUUAAAAUCUCCAUCGUCCCUCCGGCGUUCCACCAUUCCAGUCCAGUACUAAACAUCACAUGGAGCCGUCCCGUGCGAAUGAACGGAGUUCUUCAGAAGUACGUGGUGUACCACAGGGAGACCGGUGCCGCUGAGAGGAGGGUAUUACUUGAAGCAAGUCGGUCUAUGUGUCUCUUGGAUGUCUUUGGUGGGACUUCGUAUGACGUAUCAGUGAGCGCGGUUACUAUCAAGGAAGGGCCACGCGCGAAAUUUAAUAUUCGUGUACCAGACUACAGACCAACUGCUGCUCCAGACAAGCUCACCAUCACCAGAAAUAACGACACUAGCUUCAACGUCUCAUGGAAAGCCUUAAUGCGUAGUCAUAGCAACGGGCGUGUAGAGAGAUAUGAAGUUCUGACAAGACGAGCGGUUUCCAUGGUAGCUGUGAGCCAUCUCAAUACGUCAGUGACGCAUGCGGUGUUGGUGGAUUUGCGGGUAUGCUCCCGAUACGCGGUGGCGGUGCGCGCAUACACAUCAGCGGGGCCUGGGCCCUACUCCGCUGACGUAUUUGAAGCAACAUCAGAAUCCCAACCUCCUCAGGACAUAACACUGUCGUCACAUGACCAGACCCCCAUAACGCUUAACUGGAAGAGCCCGGCUCGCUACAGCACGGACCAAAUCAACUUUUUCACGAUAUCAUACAACGGAUCGAAGGAGUACAACGAGACAUUUCGUGACCAUGGUUCGGUAGCUGUCCCUGGCGUGACGAGCAAGUUUCGCGUGACGGGUCUGAUCCCAAGCACGCGUUACCAAUUUAGCGUGACAAUGAAUGCUGAAUGUGGAGUCAGCGCGCCCAGCCCUAGCGUGACUGUCACCACCGACCCUCAGGCCCCACUGCGACCGGCUUUACCUGAAGUGCUCCAAAGAAACGUCAGUUUGACAUCAGCUAGUGUGACCGUGUGGCCUGUCCCGGACACUAAUGGACCUAUCAGCUCUUACCAGCUUAUAGUAGUGCUGAUAAUAAAAGAUCAGACGAGCUUUCCUGAAGACGGGAGUACCCUCAAAGAUUACACCUCUGCCCAACGCGAUAACCUACCGUACUACAUUAGCGCCGAGAUCCCUACUGCGCAUGUGCAAAGCCCAAUGGAAUUCCAUAUAGGGGAUAACCGUCGUUAUGGGAGAUACCUGAAUGCAAGGCUCCGCACCAGGUCUGUGUACCACAUUUACGAGAGGGCUGUCUCCAAGAUUGAUCAGGAGCUCUACAACGGACAAGCUGCGUUAAUUGCGGAAAUACGCCAGACUUUAGGUUCAGGUGGUGGGACUGAUGAGCAGACUCGACCCUCCGCUUCUGGUAACAUGGUCUUGUACAUCGUUGUGGCAGUCGGAGCUAUCGUCCUCGUAGCGCUUCUGAUUGUGGGACUCGUAUUUUUCAGAAGUCAUAAAAGUAACAAAUCAGAAGAGUCGCGUCACUUGGAAACAGACUGUGUCAGCAUGGACAAACUUUCUGUCGACCUUGACGCGCCACAGGCAGAGGAAAACGAGGCCUCCUUCAUCGCUUUGGAACAGUCAGCGCAAAAUUCCUCACCAUCUCCAGAACACAUAGACCCUCAAGAGACACAAGAGACCAGUGCCCAAGCAACUGAAGUACCUAUAGAGGAAUUCCUCGAUUACUUCAAUCGCGCAAAAAGCACUCAGUUUACCAAGCUGGUUGACGAAUACAAGCAGAAUCUUCCCGCCGGACAGCAGUGGCAAUGGGAUGCAGCCAAAAACUACAGGGAAAAGAACAGAUACGCCAAUAUUAUCGCUUAUGACCACUCCCGCGUUAUUUUGGAGCCGGACUCUGCUGGCGACAAGAUUUGUGAUUACAUAAACGCGUCGUAUCUCCACGGAUUUGACGGGUCUUCUAAAGCGUACAUUGCAACACAAGGGCCGGUGGUUGCAAGCUUUGUAGACUUCUGGCGGAUGAUAUGGCAAGAAAAAUCUGCUGUAAUCGUCAUGCUGACAAACCUUAAGGAAAGUGAAAAGGUAAAGUGUCAUCAAUACUGGCCUGAUGUCAGCAGAGAAUAUGGAGACAUUACUGUCUCUGUCCACAGCACUGAAGUGUUUGCAGACUACACCAAGAGAGUGCUCUUCCUUGCCAAGCGAUCUGAGGCAGACAAGCGUCACGUGGUACAGCUGCACUUCACCGUGUGGCCUGAUAAAGGCGUCCCACAACACGCCACGGCAGUGCUGGGCUUUAGGAAGAAAGUCAACGCGAACAACCCGUAUGGAUCAGGCCCUAUCGUAGUGCACUGUAGCGCCGGGGUGGGUCGUACCGGUGCUUACAUCGCGAUCGACGCCAUGCUCAACCAAGCGCACAGAGAGAAAAAGGUGGACAUUUACAAGUACGUGGAGAUGAUGAGGAGGGACAGGAUCCACAUGGUGCAAACAGAGGAACAGUAUAUAUUCGUGCAUAUGGCAAUCUUGGAGGCCACUGUUUGCGGCAACACCGAGGUCCCAGUGCAGGAUCUGAGCCGCACUAUAACGAAAUUAUCGGCGGUUGUCCCCGGCAAAGGUAUCACAGGAUUCGCGGAUGAGUUUCAGCGGCUUCGGCUGGUUAGUGAUAGUAUCAAGGAAGACGAGACUAAUGUGGCGAAAAACCUUCAGAACCAGAAUAAAAACAGAGAUAUGGAAUAUUUGCCUUUAAAUUCUUCACGAGUGGUCCUGUUUUCAACAAAGAAAGAAGCUGAUUAUAUCAACGCAAGCUUUGCUGACGCCUACAAAGAGCGAGACUUGUUUAUAAUGACGCAAGCUCCGAUGACCCAAACGACAGUGGAAUUCUGGCGAAUGGUGAUGCAAUACAAGGCUGGCACGAUCGUAAUGCUUAACACACUGGAGGAAGCAGGGCAGACUUACACUGAGUACUGGCCGACGGAGCAUCCGGAGAUCUAUGGCAGUAUACUGGUAGAACCGCUUUCCAAGGAUAACUACGGAGACUUCACUAUGAGAAGGCUAAAAGUCAGUAGCUACACGGAGCAAAGUCACGUGAUGGUCCGUCACUUCAGCUACUUCAACUGGCCAGACAAAAGUGGGCCUGCAAACUACCAGUCAGCGUUAGAGCUAAUGAGCGAGGUUCAGCGAUCACAACAGCAAGCGAAAAACCGACCAAUCAUCGUCCAGUGCAGCAACGGUACAACAAGGAGCGGAGCUUUCUGCGCUAUAUACUCAAUCCUUGAGCGACUGAAGAUCGAGCAGGUGGUGGACGUGUUUCAGGUUAUCAAGGUUAUUCGCAUUAAGAGACCACAGUCCGUCACGUCGCUUGCUCAGUAUGUGUCUUGCUACGAGAUGGCUCUACGAUACCUGGACACGUUUGGGGACUACGCAAAUUUUGUACUUUGACAAGACACUUCGCCAGUCAUCCUGAAGAGUUAUCAGAGAAUCAAGCUAAGAGAUAAGGGACGCAAGGACAUUGUUGGCCCAAGAACUAGUAGAAAUAGUAGCUUUGCCAGGAUUUGCCUAGAGGGGGAGAUGGCGUAGGUUAGAUAUUACACAGAAAGGUACAAAAUUUGACGAUUAAUUCGUGGAGGGGUUGGGAGGAUGAUAGUUUGCGCCCGCCACUGCCCCCUUAGGCCCAGUUUCAAGCUACGCGCCAAAGUAGAACCAGCUCGGUUUUCAAGAAGGAUUUUUAUUUGCGGUAAUCCCCUUGCAAAUCCUCUACUCAAUGAUAAUGUUUUAACGAGCUAGCCCUGCAUCCCUCCAGCAUUCUCCAUGUGUCCGCUAAUCUCUUGUUAUCUCUUAUAACAACCGCUACCCAAUCCCGCUACACGCGGCAUUGAUAACCCCGGGUUAACUGCUACCCUUUGAGGUUAUUACAUCGACGUUAUCUAUGGUAGCCCAUCAUGUUAGCCGCCUCGCCCAAGCCUAAUCUAAACAUGUGAUCAGUUGGGAAGGUUGUUUGAAACCUAUCCCAUGCCAUACUCGUUAUAUAUAUCAGGAUCUUGCCAGUAAUCAUGCAAUGAUUCAGAACGGUUGUCAUAAGCAGAAUGCCAGUAGAAUAUAUUCAUUCUUGAAAAAGACCACUAUUUUAGGAAAUACCCUCCUUUAUCGUGUAAUUCUCAAGAUAAUUAACUGUAUAACUGCCGGUGAACUCAUAGAAUUCUUAACUCUAAUCGCAAUGAAAGUAUUGAAAUGUAAAUUAGUUUGCAAGCGGCUGUACUAAUAUUGAUCUAAAGAUGUGCUCUUUUUACGGAUUCUAGAUCAUAGCAUAAGAAUCAUAGGCGACAUGCUUUCAUCAGUGAAAUAGGAGUAGACGCAAUAAAAAUUAAUAAGUGUCAA